AGUAAAACGCAUCCUUCCCUUAUACUACUUCGUUAUUAUAUUAAUACUAUUAACCAUUCUCUACCACCGACAAUCAAUGCUUAGAGUGCUCAAUACUGAAAGCUCAUGGAAAGCCAUGAUUCUUGUUUCAAACUUCAAAAAGAAGAGUAUGGAUGAUGAAUAUAGAAAAAUGCUACUAGCAGCUGAUGAUCUAUUUACGCAUACAUGGUCAUUAUCUGUAGAAAUGCAAUGGUACCUUCUCGUACCUCUUAUCUUUAUUCUUCAACGAUUUGUUACAUCAUGGCAGAAGACGUUCUUUUCAGCUAUGUUGACAGCACAACUUCAUUUUAUAGCGUUUUCUCAAGAAUAUGGCAGUUUACUUGCGGUGUGAUC